CCUUGGCACCGCCCCCGCCGCCUGCCGCUCCCAGGCUGCUCCGCGGCGCCGGGGCCGGGCGGAGCGCGGCGGCAGCAGCGGGGCUGCGGGCUCGUCCUGCGCCGGGGCUGCGCCGCCUGCUCUGCCCGGCGGCCGCCAUGGAGCUGGAGGUGCCCGAGGAGAUGGAGGGCUCUGCCGCGGCAGGCGCGGUGCCAUUACCCCCGAGGCCGGCGGGGGGCGGAGUGGACGCGGCAGGAGGUCUGGCACCGAAGAAGGCAGCCGUCACCGAGGGACCAUCGCUUCCAGGACAGCCUGGCCAAGGAAAGAAAAUCGGCCAUCGAGGCGUGGAUGCUUCUGGUGAAACCACCUACAAAAAGACCACUUCAUCCACUCUGAAGGGGGCCAUCCAGCUAGGGAUUGGAUAUACGGUUGGCAAUCUGAGCUCCAAGCCAGAGAGAGAUGUCCUGAUGCAGGACUUCUACGUCGUGGAGAGCAUUUUUUUCCCAAGCGAAGGCAGUAAUCUCACCCCGGCUCACCACUACGCUGACUUCAGGUUCAAGACCUACGCACCAGUGGCUUUUCGGUAUUUCCGAGAACUCUUUGGGAUUCGUCCGGAUGAUUACUUGUAUUCAUUGUGUAACGAACCUCUGAUAGAGCUGUCAAACCCUGGUGCCAGCGGCUCUCUCUUCUAUGUCACCAGCGACGAUGAAUUCAUCAUAAAAACCGUGAUGCACAAGGAGGCUGAAUUCCUACAGAAGCUCCUUCCUGGCUACUACAUGAACCUGAACCAGAACCCACGGACGCUGCUGCCCAAGUUUUAUGGACUGUACUGUGUGCAAUCGGGAGGGAAAAAUAUCCGUGUGGUCGUGAUGAACAACAUUCUGCCUCGUGUGGUGAAAAUGCACCUGAAAUUUGACCUGAAAGGCUCAACCUACAAACGCCGGGCAUCUAAGAAAGAGAAAGAGAAAUCCAGCCCUACGUACAAGGAUCUAGACUUCAUACAGGACAUGCCUGAGGGCCUGAUGUUGGAUGCAGACACUUUCAGUGCAUUGGUGAAAACGUUGCAACGAGACUGUCUGGUGCUGGAAAGUUUUAAAAUCAUGGACUACAGUCUCCUGCUUGGGGUUCAUAACAUAGACCAGCAGGAACGGGAGCGGCAGUCCGAGGGAGCCCACAGCACGUCGGAUGAGAAGCGUCCCAUGGGGCAGAAGGCACUUUACUCUACAGCCAUGGAGUCCAUCCAGGGUGGGGCUGCCCGAGGGGAGUCCAUAGACACAGAUGACACGAUGGGAGGUAUCCCAGCAGUGAACGGCAAAGGAGAGCGUCUCUUGCUACAUGUAGGAAUAAUAGAUAUCCUUCAGUCCUACAGGUUCAUCAAGAAGCUCGAACAUACCUGGAAGGCCCUUGUCCAUGAUGGGGACACGGUGUCAGUGCACAGACCCAGCUUUUACGCAGAGAGAUUCUUCAAAUUCAUGACCAACACGGUGUUUCGAAAGAAUUCCUCUCUGAAGUCGUCUCCCUCAAAGAAAGGGCGCAGUGCCUUGCUGGCUGUCAAGAUGGCUGGUCCGACAGCCGCGUUUUCAGCCAGCCAGCUUUCCUCCGAAAAGGAUGAAACGCAGUAUGACCUUCGUGCAGCCAGGAGCUACCCCACACUUGACGACGAAGGUGCUAAACUUAAUCAGGACAGGGGAGAAGGCAGGCCAGACCUGCUACCCUGCACACCUCCUUCCUUUGAAGAAGCUACCACGGCCUCCAUAGCCACGACACUGUCUUCAACGUCUCUCUCUGUUCCCGAGCGAUCCCCUUCGGAGACCUCUGAGCAGCCCAGGUACAGGAGGCGCACACACUCCUCAGGGCAGGAUGGCAGGUCACACGAGGAGGCGCGGGUUGAGGAGGAGCUUCAGCAGAUCAGUGUCGAGUUGGAGCCCAAGUGUGAUGUUGAGAUCGUAGCUCCUGAAGAAGAAGACAAAGAAGAGGCAGCUUCUUCAGCCUGUGCCAUUGUAACGUCCACAGCUACAAUCGAGGUGGAGACAGCCAGCCAGGCCUCGGAACCAGCCAGCCAGGCCUCAGAUGAAGAUGACGUGCCAGUCACAGACAUAUACUUUUUCACAGAUGGGAGGUACUGGAUUUACUCGCCCCGCCAGCGCAGACUCCGAACCACCUCGCUUUCCUCUGGGAUUCCGACAGACGAGAGGAGUUGGGUUUACUCCCCGCUCCACUAUAGCGCUCAGCUCCACUCUGUCUCCGAUGAGGAGAGUGAUACAUAAUCUCUAUGCAGACACAGAAGCCCCAGAGAGCAGCAAUUCCCUCUGCAGGUCGAUGUGUUCCCUCUUUGUUGAUGCAGCCAUUCCAGUGGGAUGGGGAAGAGCUUGCUGACACCAGUAUUGCUGCACUGCAGGAUCCUGGGCACUGCAUUUCAGAACGGAGCAAAACUAUAACCAUGUAUUUCUACUUCUCCCAGAUGUGGGCAGCAAAGAACCCACCCACUCGCCUGCAGCUCCCAAAGGAGACAUCCAGCUGGGUGUAGAGAAUCCUGGGUAGUAACACAGUGUUUUCCAGACAUGCACUACCGUAGCUACCUGUCCAUGUGUGAUACUGUGAACCUUUUUAAUUUUUUACUCAUGUAUUUAUUUCUUUUAUCUUUGCACAGAGACAGCACAAAUGUGCUUUUUUAAACAUUUAGUUUACUGCACUUUUCUUUUUUUUUUUUUUUUGGUCAUAUAUUUGUGCAUCAGAAAGGAGCGUGAGCCCUCACUGGAGAAUUGGUAAGAGCACGUUGCUGGGGAGGGCAGGGAGCGGAGUGGCUUCACUCGAGGCAGCAGCAUGGUCUAACCAGCUGAUGGAGUCGGGAGGUUUAAGGCUGUCCAGACUCUGCCACUGUUUUGCUGCGUGACCUAAGGCAAGUCACAUAACCACUCUGUGCCUCGGUUUUCCCCUGUGCUGAUGGGUGUGCAGAACCCACUUCUGUUAAAGCACUUAAACCCUGGGAUGAAAGGUGCUAUGUAAAUGCAGUGUAUUCAAGGCCAUUGACUAGAAUUGCUCCCAUGUCACAGUAGUCCAAAGUAGCCAUGCCAAUUUAGUUGGAUUCCAAACUCGCUAGUGACUUCUCUUGAUCUGUAACACUGUGCGGGGGAAGCAAAUGAUUCCUGGCAAUGGUGACGUGGUCACCUCAGCCCUCCUCCCGACGUUGUGAUGGGUUCUGCCUUCACCACGUGCUGCUCUGCUGCGUCACCCUAUCACUCCGUGCUUGGAGUCCACGCUUCAUCUUUUACUGGCUGCCGCACUGCCGCCUGCUGUGGGCAUGGACAGAUGAGAACUGGGCACCUCCAGGGACCAGCCACGCCACGAGUUCCCUGCUCUGCCCAGGCCCAGAUGUGGCUCCUCCAGACACCGCAACCUACUGAAGCCACUUAGCACCUCGCAUGCUCAUGGGUGCAUCUGACCGCCCAGUCCUUGGGGGUCACGAACAUGGGGUUCACACGUAUCCUCCUGUGCCUCAGGGCGGUCGGGGAGGCAUGCGCACGUCUGCACACACUGGAGGCCAACACGGAAGCCUGGCACUUGCUCCCAACUACGCCGGGCGGUGGUGUGUUCAUGGACUCUGUUGGACAAAAUGCUGGGUGACUGCGAUGUCUCCUGUGGUAACGUCUGCUGUUGGAAAUCA